CAUUCAAUUUCAAAUCUACAAAUUAAAAAAAAACUGUAAAAAAAAACACACAUACACAGAUACAGACUUACAAAGUCGAUCUACUUUUGAAUCUAAUAUUUGGAUCAGAAAAUGGACGCGAUUGAAGAAUUAGCACAGCUAGCUGAUUCGAUGCGGCAAGCUGCGGCGCUGCUUAAUGAUGAAGAUGUUGAUGAAACGACGUCGUCUAAUAAACGUCCUUCUACAUUUCUUAAUGUUGUUGCUCUUGGAAAUACAAGUGCAGGUAAAUCAGCAGUUUUGAACAGCUUGAUUGGACAUCCUGCUUUGCCAACUGGUGAAGGUGGUGCAACUCGUGCGCCUAUAUGCAUCGAUUUAAAGAGGGAUGAAAACCUAAGCAGCAAAUCGAUUGUCCUGCAGAUUGACAGUAAAUCUCAACCUGUGUCCGCAAGUGCUCUCCGCCAUUCAUUACAGGAUAGGCUUAGUAAGAUUUCAAGCAAGAGUAGGGAUGAAAUAUAUCUGAAGCUUAAAACAAGUACAGCUCCUCCUUUGAAAUUGGUUGAUUUGCCUGGAGUUGAAAAGGGAAAUCUUGAUGACUCUUUGAGUGAGUAUGCUCAACACAAUGAUGCUAUUCUGCUGGUUGUAAUACCCGCUGCCCAGGCACCAGAAGUUGCCUCUGCAAAAGCUCUCAGAAUUGCAAAGGAAUAUGAUGGAGAAUCAACAAGAACUAUAGGUGUAAUCAGUAAAAUAGACCAAGCUUCUUCAGAUCCCAAAGUUCUUGCUGCUGUUCAGGCACUUCUGCUGGGUCAAGGACCACGGAGUGCAGCCGAUAUACCGUGGGUUGCCUUAAUCGGGCAGUCAGUUUCCAUUGCCUCGGCACAAUCCGGAAAUGUUGGGUCCAAUAACUCAUUGGAAACUGCUUGGCGAGCUGAAAGUGAAAGCUUAAAAUCCAUAUUGACGGGAGCCCCUCAGAGCAAGCUUGGUAGAUUAGCCCUGGUGGAGACUCUUGCUCAUCAAAUUCGUAGCAGGAUGAAAGUUAGGGUUCCAAGUCUUUUAUCUGGGCUUCAGGGUAAGUCACAAAUUGUGCAAGACGAGUUGGUAAGGCUUGGGGAAUCGAUGGUCACCAGCUCUGAAGGCACAAGAGCCCUGGCUUUGGAGCUUUGCCGUGAGUUUGAGGACAAAUUUCUUCAACAUAUUAUGACUGGAGAGGGUAGUGGCUGGAAAGUUGUUGCAAGUUUUGAGGGCAACUUCCCUAAUAGGAUCAAAACGCUUCCUCUUGACAGACAUUUUGACCUGCAAAAUGUCAAAAGGAUUGUUCUUGAAGCAGAUGGUUAUCAGCCUUAUCUCAUAUCUCCAGAGAAAGGAUUGCGGUCUUUGAUAAAAGGUGUGUUGGAACUGGCAAAGGAGCCAUCACGUCUCUGUGUUGAUGAGGUCCAUCGCGUACUUGCUGACAUAGUUUCAGCAUCAGCUAACGCCACACCAGGACUCGGCAGAUAUCCUCCAUUCAAAAGAGAGGUGGUAUCGAUUGCAACUACUGCUCUGGAGUCGUUUAAAAGUGAUGCGAAGACCAUGGUGACUGCACUCGUGGAUAUGGAACGUGUGUUUGUUCCACCACAACAUUUUAUACGUUUAGUGCAGAGAAGGAUGGACCGGCAGAGAAGAGAGGAAGAAAUUAAAAAUAAAUCUUCCAAAAAGGCUAUUGAUGCAGAGCAAUCCUUGUUAAAUAGGGCAGCAAGUCCCCAAACUGGUGGGAACUCAAAAUCACUGAAGGAUACCAAGCAAGAUAAAGAUGUGCAAGAGGGACCUACUUUAAAGACUGCAGGACCUGAAGGGGAGAUAACAGCAGGAUUCUUGCUGAAGAAAAGUGCAAAAACUAAUGGAUGGAGUCGAAGAUGGUUUGUUUUAAAUGAGAAAACUGGGAAGCUUGGAUACACUAAAAAACAGGAAGAGAGGAAUUUCCGUGGCGUCAUUACUUUGGAGGAAUGUGCCAUAGAAGAAGUUGAAGAGGAAGAACCCCCGUCCAAAAGUUCGAAAGAUAAGAAGGCAAAGGUGGAAGAAAAACCAGCUAGUCUGGUCUUUAAAAUUACGAGUAAAGUUGCGUACAAGACUGUUUUAAAAGCUCAUAGCGCUGUUCUCUUAAAGGCCGAGAGUCCUGUAGAUAAGGCGGAAUGGCUAAACAAAAUAAGGGCUGUAAUGGGUGUUAAAGGGGGAGAAGUGAAAUUGAAGGCAGAUGGUCCUCCUAUUCGCCACACUCAUUCAGAUGGUUCUCUGGAUACGAUGGCAAGAAAGCCUGUAGAUCCAGAGGAAGAACUUCGUUGGAUGGCUCAGGAAGUACGUGGUUAUGUAGAAGCAGUUCUGAAUAGUCUUGCUGCCAAUGUUCCAAAGGCAGUGGUUUUAUGCCAAGUAGAAAAGGCUAAAGAAGAUAUGCUGAAUAAACUCUACAGCUCUGUAAGCUCCCAAAGUACUGCAAGGAUUGAGGAACUGCUUCAAGAGGAUGGUAAUGUUAAACGUAAAAGAGAAAAAGUACAAAAGCAAUCCUCCCUCCUCUCAAAACUCACCAGGCAACUCAGUAUACAUGAUAAUAGAGCAGCUGCAGCCACGGGCACCGCAAACGAUAGUCCGGCAGAAAGUCCAAGAAGUAGUGGAGCCUCUGGAGGUGACUGGAGAUCUGCUUUUGAUUCUGCUGCAAAUGGCCCGUCAUCCCUUGACUCUAGAUUCGGAUCUAACGGCCAUAGCCGCAGGUCUGGUGACCCCAUCGAAAACGGCGAUGAUGGCGCAGGCACUAGAUCAAACUCCACCGGCCGCCGCACACCUAACCGGUUGCCUCCAGCACCACCUGGCUCUGGUUCUGGUUAUAGGUUUUAGGCCAUAGUUAAGCAGCAAGUUUGAUCGAUUCAUGCAUUCUUGUUGGGAUGGGUGUAUGUCUUCAUCCCCGAUUUACAUAUACUGAGCUCUUGUGUACGUGUUCAAGUGGCAUUAUGUCAUGUUUUCUAGAACACAUUUAUUGUAGAUAGAUAUUGAUAUGGUUCAACUUAUAUGUACUUCAGUCCAUGCUGGGUGAUGUUUUUUCUUUUCUUUAGCGUUAA